AUUUUAUUUUAUUCAAACAUGGACAAGCGACAAGCUGAGCUUCAUAGACUCUAUAAGGAGCAUGAAUACAUGAUUGAUAAUGUAAGGCGUACUCUAAAAAAGGAAAUAGCGACUCUGGUAGAAGAAUAUGAUUUGACAAGUGAAGAAGCAAACCAUUUAAAUGAGUUUAUUCAAGACAAGGCUACCUUAUUUCGAUACUUGCGUAAAAACAACUUCAAUGUACCAACCACUCUAUCUCUACUGCUAGAUACAAUAAAAUGGAGAAUGCAUCAAGAAGUUGAUUAUUCCAUGCUGGAACAUGAAUUCUUUACUAGACCACUUGUUUAUUUCCAUAAAUUUGAUAAAUACCAUCGACCAAUUCUUAUUGUUCAUCUCUCUCAACUACCAACUCUUCCGUCUUCAUCAACUGACUUGGUAGAAUAUUUAUCUCCAUUAAUCAUGUUUGUUUUGGAAACAGCAAGAAAACUUGUAUGGAAUUUGUGUAAGCAGAGAAUAGAAGUAAAUGGCUUGUCAAUUCUCGAGACGGUUGUGCUCAUCGACUUUAAAAACGCAAGCUCAUUACCAAUGGAUAUUACGUUAUUCAAAUCGUUGAUCUCUUUACUACGAAGGUACCCUGGUAUUAUUGGAACUGUCUACUUGCUUAAUUUUAGUUGGGUUUAUCAAGGCCUAUGGCAAAUGUGUAAGCUGGUAUUAUCUGAAGAAGCGAAAUUAAAAGUCAACUUUCCAAAAUUGCAUGAAUUACAGGAACUGAUUGAGCCAAAGAACAUACUAAAAGUAUUUGGAGGUCAAGAUCCAUUUGAAUGGUCUAUCGAGCACGACAAUUAUUAUCAGAGAUUCAAUCUUCUCAGUCGAUGUAAUUCAGCAACAUCUGUUUAUUACGAUGCGCCCAAUGGACUAUUAUCAAGACCAUCGUCCGCUUUUAGUCACUAUGAAACUCCACUUGGUCCAUUAACUCCAAUCACAAGUCAUUCUAAUCUUUUGUUUUUGUCUAUGCAAUCGGCAAAUACGAGCAAGAUUGUCAAUAAGUUACAAGAUCUUUUUACUACCGUACCUACAUCAUCAACAGCAUCUUCAUCUUUAUCAUCGUCAGGAGGAGAUCACCAGUUAGGGAUUUCUCCCUUAGUCUCAAAAGAAAAGCUGACUGUAGUCGACAACAGUUCAUCCAUAAAGAAGAGAAAAAGAUGGUUCACUGAUACAAGACUCUUUGUACAGUAUUUUGGUGCCAAGAUGAUAAAGAAAAUCAUUCAGUAUAAAUCAACCUUCUUCUAUUGGAUACUCGCAUGUAUAUUAUUAAGAAAUGGAAUACAAGAAUUACUACUAUUAAUAAUCAGUGCUAAUAAAAAGAAACUGAUCAAAUAAGGGGAGCCUGAUUUGCUCUCGGUAUAUAUAUAGUAUAUGCUCCUGUUGCUCUUUAUGUAUCUUUAAGAUCUACACUUUUGAAAUCUGAUAUCCACGACGAUCAC